GUUGAAAAAGGUUACUUGUCAGAGCGAGAGAACAAUUGAAAAAUUUUGACGCUGCAAGGAUGGAUCCGGAUGAGGAUACCAUUGCCAAAUCGGCAUCCGCGCGCAAGCGCCAGAAGCGCCAUGAUUCAGGAGACGAAGAUGAGAGCUCCAGCAGCCGCUCCGCUGCAGGAGAUGCGACCAUGGACAUGGAGGCCUCCACAGCACCAAUUUGCGAAGAGAAAACUGCAGUCAUAAGCGAGACUGAAAUAGGAACCUACAGCAGCACCAACACCAGCAAAACGCAUUAUAACAACGACGUCGAUGACGACGACGAUAGCAACAAAGAGGGAGGCAUGAGCAGCAAACAGAUAUUGCUACAGGGGGAGGAAGCAGAGGGCAACGACGAAUCGAUGAGUCCGCCAGAGGAGGAGGACGAAAAGAUUUCACUCGUGCAGGGUGCGCUGUCUCCAGCGGCAGCCAGUGCCGUGCUUGCCUCUGAUAUUGUGCCCAAUACCAGUGACACCAUCGACAGCGAUGAUGAUCCGUCAGACGUUGAAGUGAAUCCCGGAACUUCCAAUGCAGACACUUCGCCCACAUUCAACCAGCGGAACAUACCAUCCACACGUUCAUAUCGCCGCAUAACCGUGGAACUUGUGGCCACAUUAGAGAGCAGCAGCGAUAGUGAGGCGGCUGUCGCUCCAGUGCUUCCCAGUGUAGAUGAAGAAACCGAGGAAACCGCAGAGGCGGUAGUCCCCAACCCCAACGACGAACCGACAUCGAGUGAUGGCGACACUAACAGUCGCAUGGAGGAUGACUUUUGGAAUCAUUACGACAGUUCCACAAGCAACACCUCCAGUGAUGGAGGAAUGGCUGAUCAUAGUGAUUGGAUUGAACCGGAGCCAAAUGCGGCUGACUGGGAGAACAUUGACUUCGCCGUAAACGAAAUCAUGUACAAGGAUAAACCGCCAUACACCUGGAACUCGGCCCAUGAGUUGAUGCAGCGCGAGCACAACAUCAUCAAUCGAAUUGGGUGGCGCGGCGGCCACACCUCUGUCGAUAGCUUCGGGCGGGGCUUCUACGGGUCCAGGCAUGUCGUGGAGCAGAUGUCGCUCUGGAAUACGAUGAUCAAACACAAGGGCUGUGUGAACUGCCUUAACUUCAAUCGGGCCGGGGAUCUGCUCUGCUCUGGCUCCGACGAUACACGAAUCAUAGUCUGGGACUGGGCCAACAACAAGCCAUUGCAUAUCUUCAAAUCGGGCCACCACGCGAACAUUUUCCAGACAAAGUUCAUUGACAGUGCCGGAUGCUUAGACAUUGUGUCCACCAGUCGCGAUGGCCAGGUGCGACGCGCCGUCAUCCCUCCAUCCGGGGGCGACACUAAGCCCACAAGACUCUACGCGCACACCGAUGCAGUGCAUAAGAUCGUGGUGGUUCCGCACACCAAGCACGAGGUGAUGAGCGCCGGCGAGGAUGGGACUGUUAAGCACUUUGAUCUCCGCACCAGUAAAUCUGCAAACACCAUGCUGCACUGCACCCACAAUGAUCACAACAGACGGGGGCAACGGAGCCGCGUACGUCUUUUUAGCAUUUCCCAUCAUCCGUUUGCGCCGGAGUUUUGUGUCAGCGGCACUGAUGACAAUCUUCGUGUCUACGACAAACGCAAGCUACCAAGUCCCAUUCACGAGAUGACCCCCCGAGGCGUUCGGGAGACAAAGAUGACGCACAUCACUUGCGCCGUUUACAAUCACAGCGGAAGCGAAAUCCUAGCUUCCUACAGCGAUGCCGGAAUAUUUCUCUAUGACAGCCGCAACUACAAGGAAGGCGAUACUCUUCACUGUUACGAAGGGCACGUAAACCAUCGCACCAUCAAGGGCGUUAACUUCUUUGGACCACGAUCCGAGUACGUGAUCAGUGGCAGCGACUGCGGCCACAUCUUCUUUUGGGACAGGAACACAGAGUCCAUCAUCAACUACAUGAAGGGUGAUAUUGCGGGGGUGAUUAACUGCCUGGAACCGCAUCCCUGGAUGCCAGUGCUGGCCACGUCUGGGUUAGAGCAUAAUGUCAAAAUCUGGACCCCCGAUGUUCCCGGAAAACACGUGCCAAAACCGGAGGGUCUGCGGGAUACGCUCUAUAAUAACUUUCGUCGCAGCAUUUUGGAGACCGUUGGUGACGAUUUCGCCAGCGAAAUAUUUUUUCGUCAAGUCAUGGGGGAUCCCUCCACCAGAGCUCGCUGGCGUGUUCGUCGCCAUAGUCGUCGCAAUGAGGGUGCUGCAGAUGCCCCACCAGGAUCGGUGCCACAGCACGAACAGAGUUUUAGCAGCGCCACCAGCUCCGCCAGCGACACCAGUUCCAUGUAUCGGCGUCGUGACAGCAACAGCUCGGACACCAGUGGGGAAGGAUAUCCUCGCACAGACCCCAUGGGCUGCAACACGCAAUAG